ACCUAGGAGGCUCGGAGUAGGAUUGGAUUGUUCCCUCAACUGAAUUCCUGCUGGGUGUAGGCGUAAAGCAGGUGAUACGCUGAAAAUGUGAUAGAAAAUCUUCCUGGGAGGAGUUCCUCGGAAAGCAGAAGAGAGCCAGUGCCGGUAGUUCACAAUUAACAGACCCAAAAGGAAGAAACAAUCAUAGACAUGUCAUCUUAAUCAAACCAGAGUUAGAGGAUGCCGCCGGCUGCCGCUUCUGUUUCUGCUACUGAUGGGAACAAAAUGCUUCCGUGGGAGGAUGAUGCACUCGGCCGAUGCGUUAAGGUAAAGAAUUUUGGGUACAGUACAUGUUUGAAGGGGAGCUUCCGCAAGGGCUUGUGCCACCUUCAGGACCUUCCCCGUACCAUGACACUCUUGGCCCUUACUAUCAACGCCAUUUCUUAGCUCCCUGACAAUUAUUAUAUUUUCCUGCCCCUAAUUUAUAGCAAC